AUGGCUACCGAGGACGUCCGAUAUGACUGCUAUGCUGAUCACCGUGAGACGGUUUCAUGGGAUGACAUCGCCCUAUAUUCUGGAUGGUUAGCUGUCAGUUCGACCAUUAUUGUUCAUUAUCUUUCGGAGCGCAUCAUGCGUCAAUUUGGCUACCAGCAGACGAUACCUCGCGACCCUAUUGUCUCUGUUCCUAUCGCCAUGACCCGUCGGCAGCUAGAUGAUGUCUUUGCAGACUGGGAGCAUCACAUGGUUCUUAACAAGACUUUGGCGACCAGAUCAGAGGUAGAUUGGAAUUGCGUCGACGAGUACAUCACCUAG